AUGCCUUCUUCAACUGCCCGGCGACGGCAACGCCCGCUUGGUAGAGAGAGGAAGUCAGCAUUUACCUCGUCUGGACGCAAAGCUUCUGAUGAUGACAAAGUUGCAUCAGCGAAAGGAAAUGUGGGUGACUCAAGUAACUCAAGUGAUUCUAGCGAAUCACCGUCGUCGCGCUCGAAACGAUGUCCCCCCACAUAUCGCCCUGUGCUUACGAUCGACUGGCGAGCCGAGAUAUGUCGACUUGUGGAUGUGACUACACAGGUAUCGGACGAAGAUCUCUUUAAAGCAAUAGAGCGUACAUCUCAAAAUCUCAAGGAGCUGGAUAGUUUGAGGUCCAAAGUGACAAAGAAGCUUGGGCCUCCCCGGGGCCAGAUCAUUUACUCAGUUCGUUGCCAUGCUGCUCGCGGUAGAACUUGGUUGUAUCUUGAACAACCGUGGGCAGUUGAGGAGGGCCCAGAUGUCCAUCUCAGAGGUAGCAAGCCUAUCAAUAACUUUGACCUGUUUCUUGAGAGAAACAAAGAGAUUGCUUUUAUUGUUUAUAAGGAUUACGAGUGUUGUGGUGACUUACCACCUGAAAUCAAUAAGAGUAAGAUUGAAUUGGGUUUGGAUAUUGAUGCUUCGACUUUUGUAGUGGGCGAGCAAAUUCAACUCAUCUCAGCCGAUCUGAAGCUAGCGCUACGGAAUCUUGCUAGCGAGGCAUUCGAAGGAAUACCUCAUCCAUUUUUGGAUGAGAAAGAAAACCCGACUAUCGAGCACCCAUACAUGUUCUUGUUCCAUCGCCGCAAAGAAGCUGAAGAAGUGACAAUGAAACAGUCACAAGAUGCACAGCGACACCUAGAUGUAUUCUUCAAGUAUAUCUUUAGCUGCAUGUCCGAAGAAUGGACAACUGUUGACCAGUUCUUGGCCGAGAAGAGGAUAUCGGCUAAAUACAUAGACUAUCUCUUUGUGAGUCGCUUCAACCGUGUUGCAUCAGUCUACAUCAAACGGCUCACCUUUCAGGUCCCCAACCGAAUAGUUAUAAUGAAACGAAAGGAUAUGGAUAUCGCAAAGAUCAAAGCAUACGUCCUUCAGAAUUGGCUCCAAAGGCCAUUUCGGCGCAGUUCAACAGUAACAGCUCCAGUGUACUCAUGGAAAUUUGACGGAAAAUUUCACAAGUAUUUUAGCAGCCUCUCCAUCGAAGACCUCCCAUCCGCAAUUGAGAGCUUUCUCAUCACCGAUAUGCCCGUAUAUCCAAUUGAAUUUGCUAGUCAGGAGAUUGUUAGUGCCCUACGAAAGCGCGGUAACAUGUUUUGGAAGUGCCGUGAAAGGCAUUACGUGUCUUAUAGCGGGAAAACAGACAAUGCUACGCAAAUUUCGAUGGACUCGCGUUUUAUGAUAGAUAUCGCUACUUACAAACAAAUGCAUCGCAAUCAAGGCAACGAAACAGAACAACAAUUCCAAUUACCUGAUGGAGAAGAACUACCCGUUCGAUACCUUUCCGAACAAAGCCCAAUGUUAGGGGACAAUUUUUUCUUGUGCCUUCCUACUUCGAUAGCUGGAUUUAACAUGCAGACAAAAGAAUGGAUCACCCUGAACGUACACUACAUAGAAGAUGUCGUAUGGAAUACUGAAGCUUUUGAGUUCCUUGUCAUCGACCAAGAAACCAAAAACAUGAUCCAAGCUGUAGUCACGAACCAACUUCGCGCUUCACAGAAUGCAGACCUCAUCCGUGGGAAGGGCAAUGGGCUCUUUAUUCUGCUCCACGGAGGCCCCGGAACUGGCAAAACUUUGACUGCAGAAAGUGUCGCGGAAAUUGCAAAGAAGCCUUUGUAUAGGGUCACCUGUGGAGACAUAGGUACAAGCGCUCAGGAUGUCGAGAAUUACCUUGAAAUCGUUUUACAUCUCGGAAAGACUUGGGGUUGCGUUGUCUUGUUAGACGAAGCGGAUGUUUUUCUGCAACAACGAUCUCUUCACAAUCUGGAACGGAAUGCUCUAGUUUCUGUCUUUCUUCGAGUGUUGGAAUAUUAUGACGGAAUUCUCAUCUUGACGAGUAACCGUGUUGGUAUCUUUGACGAAGCUUUCAAAUCACGCAUUCAGCUGAGUUUGCGGUACAAGAGCCUGGAGAGAAGUCAGCGACUGCAAAUCUGGAUAAAUUUCUUGAAGCGUUUGGAGCAACUUGAAGACAAAUCUCGUGAUAUCGAGAGGAGUGUUGACGAGAAAGAUGGCACAGCAUUAGGCUAUGGAAUCAACAUCAAUGAAAUAAGAGAUAGAGUGGAAGAAUUGGCGGACGAAAGCAUGAAUGGUCGUCAAAUCCGAAACACGAUAUCCACGGCACGUCAGCUCGCCAUGUACCAACGUAAAAAGCUAGGCUACGAACAUAUCCAGGCUGUGAUUAGGGAAGCAAACAAGUUCGAUGAGUACUUAAUUGAAUUGAACAAGGGGUAUUCGGCAGAUGAAAUCCAGAGGGAUAAGAGGGAAAGAUAG